UCCAAAUUCAUUCAUUCAUUCUCUCUUCAUAUUUUUGAGUUCCAAUUUCAAUAUUUUGUUUAAUGGAAAUUUCUUCUUUCCUAUUUCCCAAUCAGGAAGAUUAUCCUUCUCCUAAUUUCUUCAGUUUUUUUCAAGAUUUUGACUUCCCUGCUACUACUGAUACUACUGCUGCUGCUGCUGCUCCGAUUGCUGCUGAACCGCUUCCUAAGAAGCGAAGAGUUGAUGAUUUUGAUUUUGAUUUGGAACAAGUUGUUGAACAGGGCUCUUUGAAGAGUGUUGAGGAUAUUUUGAACAAAUUUUUGGGAUUCGAUAAGGAAGAAGACAAAACGGAGCUUAAAUUGGAUUGGUCAUCUCAGGAGCAAUUUGCAAAUCAAUCUGUUUUUGACUUUUCGAAUCAACAAUCCGGGUUAAUAAUGAAUGAGAAAGUGAAGCCAAUGGCGGGUACUAAUAACAAAAGGUCUCGUCAGAAUUCUGCUGAAUUCAUUUCAACUUCGGAGGAGGAAUCUCAGCCUCAACAGCAAAGGAGGUUAUGGGUGAAAGACAGGUCUAAAGCGUGGUGGGAGCAGUGUAAUAGCCCUGAUUUUCCAGAAGAGGAGUUUAAGAAAGCGUUUAGGAUGACCAGAGCAACUUUUGAUAUGAUCUGUGAAGAAUUGGAAUCUGUAGUCACUAAAAAGGACACAAUGCUUCGUCAAGCGAUUCCAGUUCGCCAACGUGUUGCUGUCUGCAUUUGGAGAUUGGCUACAGGGGAGCCACUUCGUGAAGUUUCAAAGCGUUUUGGCCUAGGCAUAUCUACUUGUCAUAAGCUUGUUCUAGAGGUUUGCACCGCGAUUAAAGGCGUUCUGAUGCCGAAAUUCGUGCAAUGGCCUAAUGAUGAUUACAAGAUGAACGAGAUCAAACAUGAAUUCCAGAUGUUAUCCGGGAUGCCAAAUGUAGGUGGAUCUAUUUACACAACACAUGUUCCAAUAAUUGCCCCAAAAGUAAGUGUAGCUGCUUAUUUCAACAAAAGGCAUACAGAGAGGAAUCAGAAAACUUCAUACUCCGUUACAGUUCAAGGUGUUGUUGAUCCAAAAGGGGUUUUCACAGAUGUUUGUAUUGGUUGGCCUGGUUCGAUGUCUGAUGACAAAGUAUUGGAAAAAUCAGCUUUGUAUCAGAGAGCAAACAGGGGACAGCUGAAGGAUACUUGGGUUGUAGGAAAUUCAGGAUAUCCAUUAAUGGAUUGGGUAUUAGCUCCUUACACACGCCAAAAUCUUACUUGGACUCAACAUGCUUUCAAUGAAAAAGUAGGGGAAGUCCAGAAGGUUGCUAAAGAGGCGUUUAUGCGAAUGAAAGCAAGGUGGGGCUGCUUACGAAAGAGAACAGAAGUGAAGCUUCAAGAUUUGCCUGUGGUUUUGGGGGCUUGCUGUGUAUUGCAUAAUAUUUGCGAGAUGAGAGGUGAACAACUGAAUCCAGAACUCAGAUUUGAUCUUUUCGAUGAUGAAAUGGUUCCAGAAAAUAUAGUGAGGUCAAUGAAUGCUGUGCAAGCUAGGGAUCAGAUUGCUCACCAACUCUUGCAUCAAAAUCAUGCAGGCACCAAUUUCCUUUAACAAACAAUUGUAUGUUCUAAUUUUCUCUAUAAGAUAGUAUAGGGAGCAGGGAGUGAUUUUAUUUCCAUGACCAUAUGAUGUCAUGUUAUAGAAUAAUAGUUAAGCACAAUACAAAAAUUUUUGGAUAUCAAAUGGAAACUUCCAUUGUUGUUACAUAA